UGCAUGGACGUAACCAUGGACUAUAUCCGGGAGUUUGACAUCCGGUUGGAGCGGGAGAUGUACUACGCGGGAGAAGUUUUGGCGGGCCAUGUACUCUUGGAUACGGUCGAGAACUUCAAACUAAGAUCUGUAAGGGUUGUCUUGAGAGGCAAGGCACACGCGGAGUGGAAGGUGGUUGUGAGCGGAGACAGAAGAACCGUGAGAGACGACCAGUACUUCAUCGACGACCGGGCCAUCAUCUGGGGAAAAGACAAACCAGAUGGAAAUAUCCCUAUCUUGCCUCGUGGAUUGCACCAGUUUCCCUUCAGAUUUCAACUGCCCGAAAGUAGUCUACCGUGCUCCUUCGAGAGCAAACCUGGCUUCAUAAGAUAUUACAUCAAGGUAACAGUGGACAUUCCGUACGCGUCUCCUCCCCAGGGUAUGAAAUACUUCACUGUGAUUGGUCCUCACAUAGACUGCAUGGACGAACAGUACCUGAAACCAAUAAUCGGCCAAGACAAGAAGACCAUCUGCUGCAUGUGCUGUAAGAAGGGUCCAGUAACGUUGCGAACACAGCUGGAGCGAUCUGCUUAUUGUUGUGGAGAGUCGAUAAAACUGAGGGCCAACGUGGACAACCAGGGCGAAGAGGAGGUGCGGCUCAAAGUUAGGUUAAUACAGUACGUGGAGUAUUUCAUAGACAGAGGAGUUCUGGGAGUGACCAAGGAACUACAACACCUCGUCCUGGAGUAUAAAGGAGACUCGGUCAAGCCCAACACGAGGCACAAGUGGGACUCAGCCCAGAGUCUAGUGGUGCCUGUCAUGCCACCGUCACUAGUAGGCAUCUGCCGGCUCAUGCAGAUUUACUAUGUGCUCAAGGUCAAUUUAGAGUUUGAGAAGUCUGGUGACGACCUCCACAUGCACUACCCCAUCACAGUUGCCACCGUUCCGUUCAGAAUCCCCAACGCGACACAACCGACGAUACAUUACGAUGUGGCCUGUGAGCAUGUAGAAGGAGGAAUGUACAUCGGGCCGGAGUUUCUUCUAGGCCAAGUCUACGAUGGAAGUAACGCUCAAGAGGUCCGGGAGACCGUCGUUUUGUACAGGCCCGUGUACGUAUGUGUGACAAAAAGUCAUGACUGCAGCACCACCUAGUCACAUGUGUAAAUGUUCUGUUUAUAAGAUGAACAUAUGUAAAUGUUUUCUGGCAGAUACACUUUUUGUAAGGAAAAUUAACUAGAAGAAAAAUAGUGUUUUAAGUUUCUCCCAUCUCAUGUCGCUGCUCAAAUUUGCUAUCGAUGUCAAUGAGUUAUUUGACAAUCCGAAAUAUACCUACAUUCCUCCUGGUAGGUUAUGUGUGAUUUUGAGAUGAAAAGUGUAAUAUAUACAUCUAAGAAGUUAACUCAUAUAUUGUCCAUUUGUGAUACAUAAAUUUAUAUACAAGGCAUGUUUUUUUAAGUAAGUACCGUUUUUAAAUUUCUCCAUUCCAGCGCUGCUAUUGGCAUUUUCGACC